GUGCCGUUUUCACAUUGAUUAAAUUAACUGUUAUUUAUUCCGUCGAGCGUCGCGUUCCAUGUAAACAACAAACAGCUGUUUUCAUCAUUAUAAUCUUAGUGUUGGCAAACACCACGCUUUUUAAUCAUAUUUUUUUUACGGAGAAUCAAGAAUUAACAAAUUCGGAAACAUUUUUUCAUCUAGAAUUAAGCUUUAAAUUGAGAAACAAACUCAAAUUGAGAAACAAACAAACUUGGCCAUUUGCCAAGUUUUGUAACUACCUAAACUAAACAUUCAGAUUAGUGUGUCUAACAUAAACCAUUUACUAAGUAAAUCAUUAAAUCAUUGAAGUAUUGGUACAUCAAAUUAUGAACUUGUUAAAUAGUGAACAUGUGUGUGGUUUUUGAAAAUUGAUUGCAAAGAAAGUGUUGAAGUGGCUUAAAUUGUAAUAAAUCAUACAUAUGAGUGAUAGGAGACCUUAGACUAAAAAUGCCCGACUUCUAUGAACUCUUGAAUGUGCCAUCCACGGCCAGUUUCGAGGAGAUCAAGUGCAGCUACAAACAAUUGAUACUACAAUGUCAUCCCGACAAAUUGCGGCAGCUCGAUGACCCAAAUCCGGGAUCGGAGGCCCAGAACAGUGACUUCAAUGCGAUAAACGCGGCGUGGAACACACUGAAAGAUCCCAUUAGGCGCAAACACUACGACGCUGAACUGCUGCAGUCGAAAUUCCGAGCACAUAGCAACAUAUACGCCACCGUCGUGCUGGAUGAAAUGCAGCGGAUCCAAGUGGAAAUCGAAGAAGACGACGAGGCACCGGUACCUCCACCUCCCUCCCGAGCAUCUGAAUCAGAAUCCGAUGCAAACAAAGGGCCGGCGACAAUGUGGAGCUAUACGUACAGCUGCCGAUGCGGUGGUCAGUAUCUGUUCGAUGGAUCAGGAGACGAUGAUGAGUCACCCGAAGUGAUUGUGGAGUGCAACGAGUGUUCUUUAGUGAUUAUUGUGAAACAAGCCGCAAGUUGUAAAUAAAGAAGAACUGGGGGAAACAAUGGAAA